AUGGCUAGCUUUUUGCACUUGGACAAGGGCAAAAAGCCUCAAAAUGGCUUGUGUAAUCUCGGCAAGGCCUGGCAAGACAGAUUGGUUUUUCCUGAUGUGAUCGCAGAAGUCAUUGCCGGUAUGUGGUACACAGGAAAAAAUCCAGACGCCUUCCGGCCGGGCUGCAGGGAGAAGUACGACCUCGACGGGCAGUGCAAAAUCAUCCCAAGCAACAUGAUAGCACUUGCCUGCUGCGCCAUCUUGGCCGCCUUCGACGAUGUGUUGGAUGCCACAUCCGUUCACUUUCAACAGAAGGUGUAUGCAGCCGUAUUCGAUAAGUUGAAGAUUGGCGUGGAUGUAAUCCAACGCGACGAGAACUUGGUUGAACUGGCCAACUCCAUGAACAAGACGCUGAAGGACCACAUCAAGGUGUAUGCUAACCUCAAGCGCGAUGAUGGCAAGAACGUCAAAGCCAAGAAGGCCGUAGCCGAAGACCCGGGUUUCAACACUGGGAUGUUGAAGGCGAAAUGGCGGCGGCGAGCCGCCAGUAACGCUACCCCAGCUGCGUCGCAGCGUGCUGCUGAGGCUGGGCCGUCGAACGCUGGUAGUGGGGACAAAGACUAG